AUGACGGGUAUUUUGCCUGUACGUGAAGUGUUGAGAUCUAAGAGGGUAUACGUGGGAGGGGGCUGUCCUUUCUGCAACCAUGCAUUAGAGACCAUUGCUCACAUUUUAUGUGAGUGUCCUCUAGCUUGUCAACUGUGGGGUAUGGCAGAUGUGUUGAAUGGUGUAUCGCUAGUAGAGUUCGUGCAGGGGAAGUUACGAGACCCGGAUAGCACACAGGGUAUAGCCAUGGUGUGUCAGUUUUGGGUAAUGUGGAAGGCAAGGAAUGAUGUGGUGUGGAAUGUCAAGCAAUGGCAGAUACAGGAUAUGCGACAGCUCGUAGUGGCUCAGUUAGCAGCUUGGGUGCAAGUUUAUUCAUCAAUAUGCACUGCCCAAGCUACCGCCGGCAUGCAAGGGUCCCCGACUAUAUGGAUACCGCUGCCGGAGGGGUUUUUGAAGUGUAAUGUCGACGCCUCAAUUCAUGGUGGUGAUGCAGCUUACGGGGUAGUUCUACGUAACCACGAGGGACGUUUCAUUGCGGCAUGCAGUGGGAAGUUUCCAUGUGUGAGUGAAGUGUACCUAGCAGAGGCCAUAGCUUUCAAAGAAGCGCUAUCUUGGUUAAAGAGUCGUAGCCAUAAUAUGUGUUUUGUUGAGUCAGACUGUUUAUGUUUAUGCUCUAGUUUUAAUUCUGCUACUGCGAAUUUGUCGUAUGUAGGAAUGAUUGUGAAGCAAUGUCAAACCAUUUCUCGUGAAAUUGGGAACAUCUUAGUUCGUCAUGUUAAGAGGUCAGCGAACAACGUAGAUAAUGUGCUAGCACAGGCAACGGGGACUUCUACUGUCCUAGGGGUGUGGGAAUCCAUCCCGCCCAGCUGUAUUGCAAAUUUGGUUUAA